AUGGACAGUAACAAACCACUUUAUCAAGUGAAUCUUACACUCACAUCAGAUGAUGAUCAACAACUUCGCACUCUUACCGAUCAAAUACGAAAGGAAUCUGGAGGUGAAACAGGAUGGAUACGACUAGGUAAUUUGCUGGUUAAAAUAGGUCAAUUUAAUAAAGCUCAAGACCUCUACAAUGUACUCCUUGAACAAGCAUCCAACAAUAGUGAUAAAGCAUCUUGCUAUAAUAAUCUUGGAUAUAUCAAAUAUCAACAAGGUGAUAAUACGAAUGCUCUUCUUUACUAUGUAAAAGCACUUGAAAUUCGACAGAAAAUUCUUCCACCAAAUCAUCAUGAUUUGGCAACUUCCUAUAGUAAUAUCGGUUUGGUUUAUAUAAAUAUAGGAGAACAUUCAAAAGCACUUAUCUUCCUUAAAAAAGAGCUGGAAAUUCGAGAAAAAACUCUUCCAUCAAAUGAUCGUUCUUUGGCUACUUGCUACAACAACAUCGGUGAGCUUUAUAAAAACAUGGGAGAAUAUUCAAAAGCACUUUCGUUUCACGAAAAAGCACUUGAAAUUAAGAAAACAACAUUGCCUCCAAAUCAUCCGAGCUUAGCUACUUCCUACAAUAACAUUGGUUCACUAUACGAAAAUAUGAGAAACUACUCGCAAGCACUUUCAUUUUAUGAAAAAGAUAUUGAAAUCUGUGAAAAAACUCUUCCUUCAGAUCAUCCUGAUUUCGCUACUGCCUACAAUAACAUCGCUGGAUUAUAUUACAAAAUCAGAGAGUUCUCGAAAGCACUUUCGUUUUACGAAAAAGCAGUUGAAAUUCUACAAAAAUCUCUGUCUCCCAAUUAUUCCACUUUGGCAACUUCCUAUAAUAACAUUGGCUUGUUGUAUCAAGCUAUGAAAGACUAUUCAAAAGCACUUUCAUUUUACGAAAAAUCACUUGAAAUUCGACGAAAAUAUCUUCCUCCAAACCAUUAUUCUUUAGCUGUUUCCUACAACAACAUCGCUGGAUUGUAUCAUGAUACGGGAGAGUUCUCGAAAGCACUCUUAUAUAUGGAACAUGCUCUAGAUAUUUCGAAACAAUCACUACCUCCGAAUCAUCCCAAUAUUAAAGCUAUAGAAAAGAACAUCGAACUAAUGAAAAAGACAAUGUAA